UGCGUCUGUGUUGCAGCAGCACCGAGAACAAGGAAGCAACAUGUGCUGACCAUAAUAACCAACACAGCAGCACAGAGAGACCGGAGGAGACAGGACGCUUAUUAUCUGACCAUGAAAAGAGAGGUGGAGGCUGGAGUGAACUUCCUCAAAAGCCUGGCUGUAGCACGUGGCAAGCUCACUGAAGCCAAAGCAGAAUUGUUUGCAGAGAAGCUAAAGAAACUUUUAUGCAACAAAUAUGAUGACCACUGGUACCCUGACUGUCCCAGCAAAGGCCAGGCAUACAGAUGUAUCCGGAUAAAUAACGGAGUACCUUGUGAUGAAGUGAUCCUGAAGGCAUGUGAGGACAGUAAGCUCUCACCCAGUGAACUAGGCUUUCCGCGUGAGAUCACACUGUGGAUCGACCCACUGGAGGUGUGUGCAAGGUCUGCAGAGAACGGCCGGCCAUUCAAAGUAGCCUGUUUCGAAGAGGAAGGUGUGAAGGGAAAACAGGCGGACUCCUCGGUGGACUCGGUAAAUCUGGACACGUCAGAUUACCACUCUGCCACCUCUUCGGAUUGUAGUUCCACUGCGUCGAGUGACACAGAGGAGGAGGCAAAAGAUGGCGAGACGGAGGGAGAGCAAAAAAAAGAUGGGAAGGAGGUCGUCAAGAAGGAUGCAGCAGAAGGCAACACCCACACGAUAGCAAUGGUUCCCAGGAUUCGGAAGCGUCACGGGGAAGGACCAAAUAUGAUGAAAUACUUCAGAAAUAUGCUCCCCACCAGCCUCCAGUACUUCUACCACCCUGCACCAGUUUGGCCUCAGUACAAGAAGGGCACUCAAGUGUUUCUCAACGCAGUGUGCGCGCCGCCUCCACCUGCGCCCCAGCAGGUAUUUGGCUACUACAUCUUGCCGCAGCCAUCUCCUCAGUUCAUUCUGCCUCAGGCCACUCUGCAGCCGUGGGGAGCUGUGAAGGGUUAGAUCGUCUCCAGGAAGUGUGGUGUCAGGUGGAUAGAGCAUUCCGAUCUGCUUCAACUGAGCCAUUUCAUGUCAGUUAUCUGAGUUCUGCUAACUUUGGGCCAAGAAAAACUUUUUAAAAACUGUAAAGCUCGAGGUAAUUCCUUGUACAACCUGUAAUAAUUCCUCUUUCUUUUUCACUUCUGGUGACUCGUAGUUCCUGGCUUAUAUUCUGUUCAAAGACGCCACUGAACUUGUGUGCAAAUUGAUUUCUUUUAAAAAUCGGUCAGCUCUGCGAUGCUGAUUUCUUUUCUUAUGUACUGUAAACUAUAAGAAUGACUUAAAUCACUGGGUGCUUGGACUAACUCAGGACAUCUAAGCAAUAUACUUCACACCAAAUCAUUGUCUUAUCAGGUUUUAUUUCUUUUAUUAUAUCAAUCUCUUUGUCAUUUCUCUGACCAAAUAUGGUUCAUAGUGUGUUCUUUAUAGUUAAUCAAUGUAAAAUGUGAUUCAGGGGUUUAAUCUAUUGUAGCAAAGGUGACAAUAUCUGUAUAUUAAGAUUAAUAUUUUUACUAAACUGCUUGUAAAUAAUACAGAACUUGGAUACCAUAGACUGAUGCACAUUUUCUAAUCUCACUGUCCUUUUGUUGUAAUUUAUUUGGCCACCAGUGGAUGGCACUCAACCUAUAGCUCACACAUGAAAUAGUAUAUUUUUGUAUGAACAGUGGCAACUGUAUUUUACAAAUCUAACCUCACAGAACACAAACAUGGUUUUAAAUAGCUUAAACUCUCUCUGUUGUUAGUACAAUGUAUUUAUCUUCAAGUAUAUCUGUUUAAAGGCCUGCUUAAAUCUGUGUGUGUUUUUAUUUUUUAUUUUAUUUUUUUACUAUGGAUAACUUUCUUUGCCAUGGAGAUUGCUACAGCUAUAUAAACCCUGAAUAGUUUUCACCCACUGACUCUUAUGUACUGUGAUUAUUUAAUUGUAUUGAUGCAUAUUUAUUCCAUGCAACCUUGAAACCUAUCUUUGUGUGUAAGCAUCAUUUUUGCUUUAACCUUUUUGCAUUAGCCGCUUACCUUCUUAAUGCAGCAGAUUAAAUUCACUCAUACCCGAAA